UUUCGCGGCGAUGGAGGAAGAAGGCGAGGGAGGAGGGUUCGAGGAGUGGGACGCCGAUUUCCUGGACCAGGUCAUCCAGGUCGAGGAGCGCGCCCUCUCCGGCAAUCCCUCCCAAAUCCCUCCCCCGACCCCUCCUCUUCUUCCCUGCCUCCUCCUCCGCCCUCCUACUUGCCCCCUCCGCAGCCGCGCCGGCCACCGGCGGCGGCGGCGGCGGCGACGGCGACGGCGGGGGCCUCCUCUUCCCUCGACUAUGCUGCUCCCGUCAGCUACUCGCCUCCCAGGGAGCUCUCUCAGAGGCCGUCGAACGGAGCCGCCGCCAGGACCGCGUCCGCAUUGCCGUCCUCCUCUCCGUCGCCAGCGCCGAGCUCCGGGAGUUUUAAGGAGCUCGAGAUUGAGAGGCUAAAGAGAGAGCUCGGAUACGUUUCGAAGGAGAUCGCCUAUCGAGAGCCGGAACAUGCUAAAUUUAGGAAGGAAAGAGGCAAAAAGGGGGAGCAGUUUAAAUCUGUAUCUUCUCAUGAUGGAGGGAAACUUGCUGAUAGUCCCAGUUCAAAGAGAAUUGGCUUGGACAAGGGAGUGCCUACUUCAGUCAAUGUUGUGCUGGAAGUUGAAAAUGCAAAAUUGUUGAAUAAUCAGGCUAGGUCUCAGACUAAGAUAGAAUCAACUUCUAAAACCGUUGGAAUUCAAACAGAUGAAGCUGGUGAAACUACUGGCAUUCAGUUCAAUAAUGAUCUAUAUGCUCAUCAUGGUCUCUCUAAGAAGUUGCUAUCUGUGUGGAGUCCUUCACUUGACCAAAAUGCUGGAAGAAGUCUUCUUCCAAAGUUGUAUGUCGCCUCUCAUUCCCUUUUCAGAUGCAUGGGCAUAGAUGUAUCCUCCAAAAUCAAAAUAGACUCUUUGGCAGAUGGGAGCUCUACUGAUUUUUCUUGGUUGUGCCAUCCGCAUCCUCUCACUGCUUCAGAAGCUGCUAAAAUGUCUAAAUUUCAUUCUGUUUUCACAAAGGUUAGCAAUGGAGUGUCCCAGUUAGAAGCCUUGAUCCAACCCUUGUUUGAUCUUUGUUGUUUAGACAAUGUCAAUAUUGUACAUAGGUCCCUCUGUAUACUGCACAUGAUUCUGAAGCAUCUAUGUAGCGAGGAAAGGAAAUGUGGGGAAAGGGAAAAUAUCAUAGUAGAGGGACUUCUAUCCAAGAAGAGUUUUUCGUGCAUACGUGAAUGUGGAAGUGGAAUCAGUGGACACCUUCUCUCUGUGAAUUGGGAUGAGAGAUCUCCCACUGUCUAUGGUUCACAUGGCUUAAGCUCUUCUGAUCCAGAAAUCAAAUUGACGAAGAGUCAUAGCAUGCUGUUGUUCUCCUUUCAAGACUGGGUUUCUAUUAUUGAACUUAUGUGUCAACUUGUCCAGAAGAACACUGAAGAAUGUAUAAGGGUAGAGGCUGUCUCCAUCAUGAAUUUGAUUCUGCUACGGGGCAGUGCUUAUGAGGACAGGGAAAAGUUCGGAUGUCCACCGGUUCUUGAAAGCAUUUCAACACUUCUAAAGAAGGAAUCUGGAUUGUGUGUCCAAGAGCAAGCAUUACAUCUGCUGUUCCUUCUAUUAAAUAGUCCAAAAAUCUUGGAGAUGUUCUUCUGCGGUUUUAAAAAAAGGGAAUGUGCUUCCUCUAUGGAUGGCAACGAGGACAAAAACAUGACAAUUUUUGGAGGAUCUGAUGUCAUUCUUGAGGGCUUGGCAGAUUGUUUAUUGUCUAGGGGAAGUGGCAUACAAGACUUGAAACUUCAAAGAAGAGCAACAAUUCUUCUGGCAUUUUUAGCCUCAUCUGGAACAACUGGCUUUGAAAUCCUUAUGAAUCACAAGCUAUCCAAUGGAGCGAAUUUCCUUAUGUUGAUUUUGCAAGCUUUGAUAUCAGAGAUGGAUGUGGAAGCCGGAGGCCCUACUGAGGCACCAGAUAUCUUGAAAGAGAGGAGCUUACUGAUGCGGGAAGCUUUGAUAUUUCUCAACCGACUUGUGUCCAACCCUGCGUAUUCUGCUGCUAGCUUACAAAUGUUGACAAACAGCAGAGAUAUGGCCAGCUUGACCGUUAACGUAGCAAACCGGAUGUCCCAAAGAAAUAUUAGGAUUAUGCAGCUAGACAGUAUGCAUAGACAGAUGAGGGAAUCUGAGGUUGUUGAAUUGGGAAGAGCAUUUAAACGAAGAGUUUAUGCUUAUUUAGGUGAUCACGUAUCAUAAGAGCCCUCAAAUAACCAAGUGUUAUGAAAAUUUUGAUGGCAUCAGCAUUUACUGAAGCCAGCUGAAAAAAUGAGCAAGCAAGGGCCCCUGCUCACCUUUUUGGGAUGAUGGAUGCAUUAGAUGGGGAUUUUUGGCACACUUGAAGUGGAGCAUAAUCAAGGCGAACAAUUUUGGCGCUGGGAGAAUUAUACCCUGAAAUUGCUGAAGUGAAAGCUGAGGUUUUGGUCGGUUCAAGAUUCCAGCUUUUGUUCAUAUGCUUCGAAGGGUAUGGCUGAUCGGUUUAUGUAAUUUGGCUCUAUAAAAGCUGUCGGAAAUGUAAUUAUCCCCGACAAUGUAAUGGAGAACAUUUUUUGGCAUGGCAGGAAGUUUUGCAAUCAAUAAGAAUGAUUUUGUAUGCGACACGGAUUGUUCAUGCUGAAAUUUUCAUAA